GGACCCAAAAGCUUCGUAUUUGAAUGGACUGGACUGCUUAAGCUUUGCACUAAGCAGCAGCAUGUUCUAUUCGUGUUUAGCAUUCCUAGUAGUAAAUGAUUGCUAAUAUAUCAGUUACAGUCUAAAAACAUAAACCUUGUGUAUUCUUCAGAAUGAAAGUAGUAGCAUUAAUAAGUGGUGGGAAGGACAGUUGUUAUAACAUGGUACAGUGUGUUGCAGCUGGGCAUCAGAUUGUGGCCUUAGCAAACCUAAGGCCUUCUGCACAAAAAGAUGAGCUGGACAGUUAUAUGUACCAGACAGUAGGGCAUCAAGCCAUUGAUAUUUAUGCUGAAGCAAUGAGCCUCCCUCUUUACCGGAGAACAAUACAGGGUGCUAGCUUGGAAACAGGAAGUGUAUAUAACAGGUGUGAUGAAGAUGAAGUUGAAGACUUGUAUCAUCUUUUGAAACGUGUUAAGGAAAAGGAAGAAGUUGAAGCUGUUUCUGUUGGUGCCAUUCUAUCAGAUUAUCAACGUGUACGAGUAGAGAAUGUGUGUAAGCGACUUAAUCUCCAGCCUUUAGCUUACCUUUGGCGUCGAAGCCAGGAGGAUUUGCUCACAGAGAUGAUAUCAGCUAACAUACAAGCCAUGAUUAUCAAAGUAGCAGCUUUUGGUCUUGAUCCAGAUAAACAUCUUAGGAAAACACUGCUUGAGAUGGAGCCAUAUCUUAAAGAGCUGUCUGAAAAAUAUGGAGUUCACAUUUGUGGAGAGGGUGGAGAAUAUGAAACAUUCACAUUGGACUGCCCUUUGUUUAAAAAGAGAAUUGUUGUAGAUGAAUCUGAAGUGGUAAUCCAUUCAGCUGAUGCCUUCGCUCCUGUAGGUUACCUCAACCUUUCAAGGCUGCACUUGGAGGACAAAGUUACAGAUAAUAUUUCAUUUCUGGUUCCAUCUAGCAUCUGUCCUUGCCUUUCAAGCCUUGGCACAAACCCUGAUUUUGAAGAGAUGGAAGAUUUUUGUGGUUGCAUUUCUCCAAAAGUUGACUGGAGAGUAAAAGAUGAUGGUCAUCACAUUACUAGGCCAAGCUUAUGCACUAAGAAGACCAUACAUGGAUAUCAGUGGAUCAGUGGUGUAACUGCUUCCUGUACUCAUAUGGAAAAAGAAGUAAUCAUCCAAGAGAUAAAGCAGGCCUUCUCCAUCUUACAAGAAGCUUUGGAAUCUACUGAAUUUGAAUUUAAAGACAUUGUUCUGGUCAAUCUUUAUGUGAGGAGAAUGAAUGACUUCGAAUUAAUAAAUUCAGUUUACCAAACGUAUUUUGAUGUUAAUCCUCCUGCAAGAGUAUGCGUAGAGGCACCAUUGUUUGAUGGCAUCCUUUUUCAGGCUGACUGUCUUGUACACAAACAUGAGAUGAUGAAUAAUGACAAUGUCCGCCACGAGAAACAGGUCAUGCAUGUUCAAAGUAUCUCACAUUGGGCACCUGCGAACAUAGGUCCUUACAGUCAAGCUGUCAAGGUUGAAGAUGUGAUCUACUGUGCUGGGCAAAUUGCAUUGGUACCUUGUACCAUGAAGCUGGUAGCAGGUGGUAUACGAGCUGAGGCAGUUCUAUCUCUUAACCAUGUGGAAAAAGUCUUAAACGCUAUGAGUGAACAUACCAGCUUAAAUCAUAUCAUGUUGGCUAUUUGCUAUGUAACAAAUAAAAAGGAUAUUCCUACUGUACAGAAACUAUGGUGCAGAAAAUUAAAAGAGCAUGCUACACAGGUAACAGAGUAUGGUGAACCAUCUGUGACCCAUGGACCUCUGGUGGUAGCUGUGGUACCACACCUCCCAAGAGAUGCAUCUGUCGAGUGGCAUGUGGUUGCUAUGAAUGAUGAUCCCACUCAAAGAAAAUUUAUCUCAAUGGCAGGAAAGCUGCAGGGAUGUAAAAUAGACUGUGAAGCAGUGGGAUCGAGUUCCAUGUCAAGUGUAGCUCUCUCUGUGUCGCUGUCACUGACGUCACAAUUAAUGGCCUCAGUGGCUUUGGACAGCAUGUUGCAUGAGCUGAGUUCAGUGAUGCUGACAGCUGUGAAGGAACUUUCUCAGGAUGACAACUUAACUCUUCUGUGUUGCAGGACUUUUUACAUUAAGGACUGCAUAAGUGGGCAUUCUCUAUUAACAGGUUUGGAAGAAUUCCUGAAAGAGCUGCUUGGUCCAAAGUCUCCUGCUUUAAUUUUAGUACCUGUUACUGACUUACCGGAUUUGCAGAUUCUACAUGUUGCCUGUUGGUUGAGUCUAUAGUUGCCCAAAAGAACUGUCGUCAAUUAGCAUCAAUGAUUUUUUUUUUUUUAAGACAGAAACAAACUUGAAAAUGUUUGUGUCGCCUGUAUGUUACCAUAAUGUCCACAGCAUUUAACUGUAUAUAAAUGGCAGUGUUUGUAUUUCCCAGUAAUUACAUCUGUAAUUUUACUCAAGACGCUGUGUUUAAUUAUUACCUUCCUUUCUGAUUAAGUAUUAAACUGCAAUGUGUCUAACACCAUA